GGCUCCGAGCCCGCCGGAGGAGCGCUGCCCAGCACUUCUUGGGGGCUCUCCCGGGCCUUCCUGUCCCCCUUCUUGAUUCACGAAUCCGAGCCCGCACUCUUCACUCCAGCGGACCAACCAUGUCUGACGGCGCGGCCGAGAAGCAGAGCGGCACCCCGGGCUUCCUUUCGCCUCCGGCGCCCGUCCCCAAGAAUGGCUCAAGCUCCGAUUCUUCCGUGGGCGAGAAGCUGGGGGCCACGGUCGCCGACUCUGGGAUUGGCAGAACCGAGGAAUACCGGCGCCGCCGUCACACUAUGGACAAGGACAGCCGGGGGGCGGCCGCCACCACCACCCCGACGGAGCACCGCUUCUUCCGCCGGAGCGUCAUCUGCGACUCCAAUGCCACCGCGUUGGAGCUGCCGGGCCUCCCUCUGUCUAUCCCCCAACCGAGUGUGCCCGCAGCGGUGCCUCCGAGCGCUCCCCCCGAGCCUCACCGAGAGGAAACUUUGACCGCCGCCGUUGCUUCCCAGGUGUCUCGGCAGCCCUCAGCUGCUGCCUCCCCUGGGGAACAAGCCGUUGUAGGCUCGGCCACCACGACCGUCCCCAGCAGUACCAGCCAAGACCGCCCGGUGUCCCAGCCCAGCCUCGUGGGGGGCAAAGAGGAGCCACCGCCGUCAAGAGGUGGAAGUGGCAGCGGCGGCGGCAGCGCUAAAGAGCAGCAGGAGGAACGGAACAUCCAGCAACAGGAUGAUAUCGAAGAGCUGGAGACCAAGGCCGUGGGCAUGUCCAAUGACGGUCGCUUUCUCAAAUUUGACAUCGAAAUCGGCAGAGGGUCUUUUAAGACGGUCUACAAAGGUCUGGACACGGAAACCACUGUGGAAGUCGCCUGGUGUGAAUUGCAGGAUCGAAAGUUAACAAAGUCCGAAAGGCAGAGAUUCAAAGAAGAAGCAGAAAUGUUAAAGGGUCUUCAACAUCCCAACAUUGUUCGAUUCUAUGACUCCUGGGAAUCCACAGUAAAGGGAAAAAAAUGCAUUGUUUUAGUGACUGAACUAAUGACAUCUGGAACACUUAAAACGUACUUAAAAAGGUUUAAAGUGAUGAAAAUCAAAGUUCUAAGAAGCUGGUGUCGGCAAAUCCUUAAAGGACUUCAGUUUCUCCACACACGAACUCCACCAAUUAUUCACCGGGACCUUAAAUGUGACAACAUCUUUAUCACCGGCCCUACAGGCUCAGUGAAAAUUGGAGACCUUGGUCUGGCAACUCUAAAGCGGGCUUCUUUUGCCAAGAGUGUGAUAGGUACUCCGGAGUUCAUGGCUCCUGAGAUGUAUGAGGAGAAAUAUGAUGAAUCCGUUGAUGUUUAUGCUUUUGGGAUGUGCAUGCUUGAGAUGGCUACAUCUGAAUAUCCAUACUCAGAGUGCCAAAAUGCUGCGCAGAUCUACCGUCGAGUGACCAGUGGAGUGAAGCCAGCCAGUUUUGACAAAGUAGCAAUUCCUGAAGUGAAGGAAAUUAUUGAGGGAUGUAUCCGUCAAAACAAAGAUGAAAGAUAUUCCAUCAAAGACCUUUUGAACCAUGCCUUUUUCCAGGAGGAAACAGGGGUACGGGUAGAAUUAGCAGAAGAAGAUGAUGGAGAAAAGAUAGCUAUUAAAUUAUGGCUCCGUAUUGAAGAUAUUAAGAAAUUAAAGGGAAAAUACAAAGACAAUGAAGCUAUUGAGUUUUCUUUUGACUUGGAGAGGGAUGUACCAGAAGAUGUUGCCCAAGAAAUGGUUGAGUCUGGGUAUGUCUGUGAAGGUGAUCACAAGACCAUGGCUAAAGCUAUCAAAGACAGGGUGUCAUUAAUUAAGAGAAAACGAGAACAGCGGCAGUUGGUGCGAGAGGAGCAAGAAAAAAGAAAACAGGAAGAGAACAGUCUCAAACAUCAGAACGAACAACAACCAAGUGUUUCCCAGGCAGGAAUUCAGCAGCUCUCUUCUGCUAGUACCGGCAUACCUACUGUUACCACCACUUCUGCUUCAGUUUCUACACAAGUAGAGCCUGAAGAACCCGAGGCAGAUCAACAUCAACAGCUACAGUAUCAGCAGCCUAGUAUAUCUGUGUUAUCUGAUGGAACAGUUGACAGUGGUCAGGGAUCAUCAGUCUUCACAGAAUCUCGAGUGAGCAGCCAACAGACAGUUUCCUAUGGCUCCCAACAUGAACAGGCACAUUCUACUGGCACAGCACCGGGGCAUACAGCUUCUAGUGUCCAAGCACAGUCUCAGCCUCAUGGGGUGUAUCCGCCCUCAAGUAUGCCUCAGUCCAUGGCGCAUCCGUGUGGGGGGACCCCAACAUACCCAGAAUCACAGAUAUUUUUCCCAACUAUUCAUGAACGUCCAGUUUCUUUUUCACCACCUCCCACCUGUCCACCGAAAGUAGCCAUUUCCCAGCGACGUAAGAGCACCUCCUUCCUGGAAGCCCAAACUCGCCACUUCCAACCCCUGCUGAGGACUGUUGGCCAAAAUCUUCUUCCACCUGGUGGCAACCCAACUAACUGGACACCAGAGGCCAUAGUUAUGUUGGGUACUACAGCCAGUAGAGUAAAUAGAGAGCUAUGUGAGAUGCAGGCCCAUCCUGGGUUUGAACCAACCCAGAUUUACAGUGACUAUAGACCUGGACUAGUACUGGCAGAAGAAGCUCACUAUUUUAUUCCUCAGGAAACAGUAUAUCUAGCUGGGGUGCAUUACCAGGCCCAGGUGGCAGGACAGUAUGAGGGCAUUUUAUACAACUCACCAGUACUGUCAAGUCCUAUGAAACAGAUACCUGAACAGAAGCCAGUGCCUGGGGGCCCUGCCUCAAGUUCUGUCUUUGAAUUUCCAUCUGGACAGGCUUUCCUGGUAGGACACCUUCAGAAUUUAAGAUUAGAUUCUGGACCGAGUCCAGCAUCACCCCUCUCUAGUAUUUCUGCGCCUAACAGUACAGAUGCUACACAUUUGAAAUUUCACCCUGUCUUUGUUCCUCAUUCUGCACCAGCUGUGUUAACUCAUAACAGUGAGAACAGAAGCAACUGUGUAUUUGAAUUUCAUGCUCAAACACCAAGUUCCUCUUCAGGAGAAGGAGGUGGGAUUUUACCUCAACGUGUUUACCGAAAUCAACAGGUUGCAGUGGACUCAAGUCAGGAAGAACUGCCUCCUCAGUCAGUUGGAUUACAUUGCCAUCUGCAGCCUGUGACUGAAGAACAGCGUAAUAACCAUGCCCCAGAAUUGACCAUUUCUGUGGUAGAGCCUAUGGGACAGAACUGGCCAAUAGGAAGCCCAGAAUAUUCCAGUGAUUCCUCUCAAUUCACUUCUUCAGAUCUCAGUGAUUUUCAGUCACCUCCCCCUACAGGGGGAACAGCUGCACCUUUUGGCUCUGACGUCUCAUUACCCUUUAUUCGCCUGCCUCAGACAGUGUUACAAGAAUCCCCACUUUUCUUCUGUUUCCCCCAAGGAACCACAACUCAGCAGGUCUUAUCUGCCUCAUAUUCUUCAGGAGGAUCUACACUCCAGCCACAGGCACAGGGGCAGAGCCAGGGCCAGCCGUCAAGUAACUUAGCAGGGGUUCUACCUUCACAACCUGUCCAACAUCCUCAGCAGCAACAGGGAAUACAGCCGACUGUUCCUCCGCAACAGGCAGUACAGUAUUCACUUCCACAGGCUACAUCUUCCAUUGAAGGUACUACUGCACAGCCUCAAGCUCCACAGGUUUUGCCUCAAGUGUCAGCUGGAACACAGCUUCCAGUUUCCCAGGCAGUACCAACUAUCCAAGGUGAACCUCACAUACCAGUGUCAGCACAGCCCUCAGUUGUUCCAGUCCACUCUGGUGCUCAUUUCCUUCCUGUGGGACAGCCGCUCCCUACUUCUUUACUCCCACAGUAUCCUGUCUCUCAAAUUCCCAUAUCAACUCCUCAUGUGUCUACGGCUCAGACAGGUUUCUCAUCCGUUCCUAUAACGAUGGCUGCUGGCAUUAAUCAGCCUCUGCUCACCUUGGCUUCGUCUGCUACAGCAGCUUCAAUCCCAGGGGGAUCAACUAUAGUUCCUAAUCAGCUUCCAACCCUUCUGCAGCCUGUGAAUCAGCUGCAGAGUCAGGUUCACCCACAGCUCCUACAGCCAACAGUUCAGUCCAUGGGAAUACCAGCUAACCUUGGACAAGCUGCUGAGGGUCCACUUCCCUCUGGAGAUGUUCUGUACCAGGGCUUCCCAUCUCGACUGCCACCACAAUACCCAGGAGAUUCAAAUAUUGCUCCCUCUUCCAACGUGGCUUCUGUUUGCAUCCAUUCUACAGUCCUAGCCCCUCCUCCUAUGCCGACAGAAGCAAUGACCACCCAAGGUUACUUUCCUACAGUAGUGCAACCUUAUGUGGAAUCAAAUCUUUUGGUUCCUAUGGGCAGUAUAGGAGGACAGGUCCAGGUGUCCCAACCAGCAGUGAGUUUAACGCAACAACCCCCUACUACAUCCUCCCAGCAAGCAGUUCUGGAGAGUACUCAGGGAGUCUCUCAGACUGCUCCUCCAGAACCAGCUCCAAUAACACAAUCACAACCUACCCAGCCUGUCACAUUGGUUUCAUCUGUAGACAGUGCACAUUCAGAUGUUGCUUCAGGAAUGAGUGAUGGCAAUGAGAAUGCUCCAUCAUCCAGUGGGAGACAUGAAGGCAGAACAACAAAACGUCAUUAUCGAAAAUCUGUAAGAAGUCGCUCUCGUCACGAAAAGACUGCUCGCCCAAAACUGAGGAUUUUAAAUGUUUCAAAUAAAGGAGAUCGAGUAGUAGAAUGUCAGUUAGAAACUCAUAAUCGGAAAAUGGUUACAUUCAAAUUUGACUUAGAUGGUGACAACCCUGAAGAGAUAGCAACAAUUAUGGUGAACAAUGACUUUAUUCUAGCAAUAGAGAGAGAGUCUUUUGUGGCUCAAGUACGGGAAAUUAUUGAAAAAGCUGAUGAAAUGCUAAGUGAGGAUGUCAGUGUGGAGCCUGAGGGUGACCAGGGAUUGGAGAGUCUGCAAGGAAAGGAUGACUAUGGCUUUUCAGGUUCUCAGAAAUUAGAAGGAGAGUUCAAACAACCAAUUGCUGUAUCUUCCAUGCCACAGCAAAUUGGUGUUCCUAGCAGUUCUUUAACACAAGUUGUUCAUUCUGCUGGAAGACGGUUUAUAGUGAGUCCUGUGCCAGAAAGUAGGUUACGAGAAUCCAAAGUUUUCACCAGUGAAACAUCAGAUACAGUUGCUGCCUCCACAUCUCAGGGCCCUGGAAUGAACUUGUCUCACUCUGCUUCAUCCCUUAGUCUCCAGCAGGCUUUUUCUGAACUCAAACAUGCCCAGAUGACUGAAGGACCCAAUACAGCACCUCCAAAUUUCAAUCACACAGGACCAACAUUUUCUCCUUUCUUGGCUGGCAUUGCUGGUGGCCCAACUGUAGCAGCAUCCUCAUCAUCAGUAUCAGUUCCUAUAACAAGCAGUCCUCUUGACAUUUCCACAUCAGUAAUGCAGUCUGAGGCUGCAUUGCCCACUGAUCAAGGCAUUGCUGGAGUUACCACCAGCACAGGUGUGAUAACUUCAAGUGGUCUUACCACAUUUUCUGUGUCUGAGUCACCGGCACUUUCCAGUGUGGUUUCCAGUUCUACAGUACCUGCAGUUGUUGCAGUGUCUACACCAUCUCAGCCAGUUCAGGCUCCCACAUCUGGGAGCAUUGUUUCUAGUACAGGCAGUUUUCCUUCUGGAACAUUUUCCACAACUUCAGCUACUACAGUGGGUAGUGCGGCUGCCCCAAAUGUUAAGCCUCCAGCUGUAUUGUUGCAACAGGUAGCAGGCAGUACUGCUGGGGUAGCCAUAGUGACAUCAGUCUCUACUAGCACUCCAUUCCCAGGCACAGCUUCACAGCCAUCUCUUCCUCUUAGUAGCAGCACCUCUGCUCCUACUUUAGCUGAAACAGUGGUCGUUAGUGCACACUCACUAGACAAGGCAUCUCACAGUAGUACAACAGGAUUGGCUUUAUCCUUUUGUGCACCGUCCUCUUCCUCCUCUGGAACAGCCGUGUCUAGUUCUGUUUCUCAGCCUGGUGUGGUGCAUCCUUUGGUCACCUCAUCAGCUGUAGCUUCUACACCUGUCCUUCCCCAACCAACAGGACCUACAUCUACACCUCUAUUACCCCAAGUACCCAGUAUCCCACCCUUGGUACAACCUGUUGUUAAUGUGCCUGCUGUACAGCAAACACUCAUUCAUAGUCAGCCUCAACCAGCUUUGCUUCCCAACCAGCCUCACACUCACUGUUUAGAAAUGGAUGCUGAUACCCAAUCCAAAGCUCCUGGGAUCGAUGACAUAAAGACUCUGGAGGAAAAGCUGAGAUCUCUCUUUAGUGAACACAGCUCAUCUGGAGCUCAGCAUGCUUCUGUUUCACUAGAUACACCUCUAGCAGUAGAGACCACUGUCACCCCAGGCGUCUCCACCACUGCUAUAGCACCAAGCAAACUCAUGACUUCCACUACGAGUACUUGCUUACCACCAACCAGUUUACCAUUAGGAGCAACUGGCUUGCCAGUUAUGCCAGUGGGCACACCUGGGCAAGUUUCUACCCCAGGCACACAUGCUUCAGCCCCAGUCAGCACUGCAACAGGAGCAAAACCUGGAACAACUCCCCCAAAGCCAUCUUUAGCUAAGACUGUGGUGCCGCCAGUGGGUACUGAACUUCCAGCUGGUACUCCACCCUGUGAGCAGCUGACAGCUUUUCCUGGACCUUCUCUAACUCAGUCCCAGCAACCACUAGAAGACCUUGAUGCUCAAUUAAGAAGAACACUUAGUCCAGAGACUAUUACAGUGACGUCUGCAGUUGGUCCUGUGUCCACGAUGGCUUCAACGGCAGUUACAGAAGCAGGAACACAGCCUCAAAAGGAUGGCACUGAAGGUCAUGUCCUAGCAACUAGUUCAGGAGCUGGUGUUGUUAAGAUGGGACGAUUUCAGGUUUCAGUUACAAUGGAUGAUGCUCCGAAAGAGCGUAAAAAUAGGUCAGAAGAUACAAAGUCGGUUCAUUUUGAAUCUAGCACAUCAGAGUCAUCAGUUCUUUCAAGUAGUAGUCCAGAGAGUACCCUGGUAAAGCCAGAGCCUAAUGGAAUAACUAUCCCUGGCAUGUCCUUAGAUGUGCCAGACAGCACCCACCAAACACCUGCCCCAGAAGCCAAGUCAGAAACAGGGCAGCCUACCAAGGUUGGACGUUUUCAGGUGACAACUACAGCAAACAAAGUGGGUCGUUUCUCUGUUUCAAGAACCGAGGACAAGGUCACAGAGCUCAAAAAAGAGGGACCAGUGACCUCUCCUUUCAGAGAUUCAGAACAAACGAUUAGUCCUGCUGUGAUACCAAAGAAGGAGAAGCCUGAGCUGGCAGAGCCUUCCCAUCUGAAUGGGCCCUCUUCUGACCUGGAGGCUGCCUUUCUCAGUAGGGGUGCAGAGGAUGGCUCUGGUAGUCCACACUCUCCCCCUCACCCGUGUUCCAAGAGUCUUCCCAUCCAGAGUCUAAGCCAGAGCCUUAGUAAUUCAUUCAACUCCUCUUACAUGAGUAGUGACAAUGAGUCGGACAUUGAAGAUGAAGACUUAAGGUUAGAACUGCGACGGCUACGAGAAAAACAUCUUAAAGAGAUUCAGGACCUGCAAAGUCGCCAGAAACAUGAAAUUGAAUCUCUGUAUACCAAACUGGGCAAGGUUCCCCCUGCUGUCAUUAUUCCGCCAGCUGCUCCUCUGUCGGGGAGAAGAAGGCGACCUACUAAAAGCAAAGGCAGUAAAUCUAGUCGCAGCAGCUCCUUGGGCAAUAAAAGCCCACAGCUUUCAGGUAACCUGUCUGGUCAGAGUGGAACUUCAGUCUUACACCCCCAGCAGACUCUUCACCCCCCGGGCAACACCCCAGAAACUGGGCACAACCAACUGUUACAGCCUCUUAAGCCAUCUCCUUCCAGUGACAACCUCUAUUCAGCCUUCACCAGUGAUGGUGCCAUUUCAGUACCAAGCCUUUCUGCUCCAGGUCAAGGGACCAGCAGCACAAACACCGUUGGGGGAACAGUGAGUAGCCAGGCUGCCCAGGCUCAGCCACCUGCCAUGACUUCCAGUAGGAAGGGCACAUUCACAGAUGACUUGCACAAGUUGGUAGACAACUGGGCCCGAGAUGCCAUGAAUCUUUCAGGCAGGAGAGGCAGCAAAGGACACAUGAAUUAUGAGGGCCCUGGAAUGGCAAGGAAGUUCUCUGCUCCUGGACAGCUGUGCAUUUCCAUGACCUCAAACCUGGGUGGCUCAGCCCCCAUCUCUGCAGCAUCUGCUACCUCUCUAGGUCACUUCACCAAGUCCAUGUGCCCUCCACAGCAGUAUGGUUUUCCAGCUGCCCCAUUUGGCACUCAGUGGAGUGGAACAAGUGGUCCAGCACCACAGCCACUUGGCCAGUUCCAACCUGUAGGAACUGCUUCCUUGCAGAAUUUCAACAUCAGCAAUUUGCAGAAGUCCAUCAGCAACCCCCCAGGUUCCAACCUGCGGACCACUUAGUCAGACAUGAAGAUGUUAACUGCAUAGAUUUGGGGGCAGGAGACGGAAUGCUGGGGGUUGGGGGGGGUGGGGGAAGUAGCCUAUAUACUAACUACUAGUGCUGCAUUUAACUGGUUAUUUCUUGCCAGAAGGGAAUGUUUUUAUUACCAUUUUGAGCCCUUAGAAUGGAGAACCACCCUCCCUCUCCAUUUGUUGGAGUUGGAAAAGAAAAGAGCAGCUUUCUGGUGGAGGGGCUGCCUGAGUCUGCUUUCCUGUUUCUGUACCCACCAGUAAGGCCUAGGGCUAGAAGAGAGCCUUGUUACCAGAACGCCCCAAGAGCUCAAUGUAAGCUAAACCCAGUAUGUAUCUGUAAGUGGGUAGAGCUCUUAAUUUUGACAUUUGCCCCGAAUUCCUUACUCCCACAAGAAUGCACACCUUAAAACAAGAAGGUUCUCGCCCACUCUGAUCCCUACCCCCACUUUCUUUUUUUCCUUUACAACUUAGUGAAAAAUAUCAGGGGACUGGGGUUGCAACCCUUUCUUGAAUAGGUCAUUAAUGCUUUAAGCAAGAUAUUAGCAGCUUUGACUGCAGCAUUAGCAAUUAGGGAAAACAAUGACGUUCCCUGAGGACAUGUAACUUUGCCAUCAGUUUUGAUGUGGAAACACUGUGAUAUAUAAAUGUUGUUGGACAACAUUAGUUUUAAGAGUAAAAUUUGAAAGGUUUAAAAGGUUCACACACAAAAAAAAGCUAGCUCUGUCCUUUACUUAUUAAGACACUUUAACUUUUUCCUUUGUAUUUCCAUUGUAUUAGAUAAAUAAAUGUGAAUGUAAAAUUGUAUAAAUUACUGUACUUGAAUACUUCUGUUCUCCCAGUAUUGCUUGCUGGAUAUUUUAGUGCCUUGGACUUCUAUUGCUUCUGCUGUUAGCAUCACCUUACCAGACCCCAGGUCACCAAAGGGUAUGUGGAAAGAAAUCUUAGGUCCAUAUGACCCCAGCAGUGGAUAUGCCAAAGGGAAAAUGAAAGUGGGUUUUUUGUUGUUGUUUUGUUUUGUUUUGUUUCAAUCGUUCAGCAGUUUUGCCUAGAGCAGGUGUGAGAUGAGCACAGUGAGAAGUUGGCAUCAGAGGUUGAAAACAAAGUUCUGUUUCAGAAAGAGUAAGGGGGUUGUGAGCCGUGUGAAGGAUGAGGACUGGAGACGUGGGGACAAGCUUGUUAGAAGUGAUGCCCGGCCAGUGAACAAACAAAACCUAGAAGAAAUUCAACAAAAAUGAGACGGGAGUGGGCUAGAUUCUGAGUUGGGAAGGAUGACAGUGCCAAGUCAAAGAUGGAAAAGGUUGCUCUACGGAAACCUGCUUGGUUGCCCUCACCUCUCGUACAUGUACCACACAUUUCUCCACUUGACGUACUGUAUUGUGGAAAACAGACCCACUUCUGACCCCUUUCUUCUACAAUGUCCAAAUGGUCGCACAGUCUCAAUCUAUGUGCCACCUGUACUUCUAUAUUAGAACUAAUACUCUCACAUUUUUAGACCCAUAUCCCCAAGUAACUGCAACCAACCAGUAUUAUCUAGUGCUAUGCCUAGUUUUAAUGGGCAGUUUUCUGUCAAUACUGACUUAAUUGGCUGUUUGGGAUCUGAAUACUCUGAGAAAGUGGAGGGAGAAGUAGAAGUCCUCAUUUCUUGGGUGCUUCCUCCUUGACCUUGAGUUGGGAACUGACACAUUUCCAACCUCAUGACACAUCCCAGGAGUUACACACUAGGCAGGGCCUGGCUUCCUGCACCUUUCUUCCUUUAAGAGUCCGUUCCUUUUAAGUCGAUCUAGGCCAAAAGAUACACAUGACAGCUGAAAGUUUUAGGAGAGGGAGGUGGGAAGAGUAUGGUUUUGUUUCAGGUCCUGCUACCAAAGUGUUGGCUCAUUUAUUCCUUUUGGGAGAGGGUUAAGAGGUGCUGUGAAAACGAAACUGGUUGUAGGAUGGAUUGAGAGUACUUUGUACCGUGGUAGAGGGAGCCAGAUGCAGCAUGUGUUGUUGGUUUUGGUUUUAGUCAUUUUGAGGUCUUUUCCCCCAUUCACAAAAGUUUAUUUACUGAUUUUUUUUUUUUUUGCCCUCCUGUGGAUGAAAUAACUGAAGCCUAGAGGAACGAGCUAGUGCUACUGAACUGUUUAAAUUAUUUUUGUGUUAAUAGUACACUUUGAGUAUCUUUUAUCCACAUUUAAAAAGAACUUUCUGAAUUAUAAGUGUUUUCCUUACGUUAUUUAACAAUGUACUGUUGAAAACUGAAUUCAAACCUUGGGGUUUCUCAGCAGCCGUUAACUGUACAUUUGCACUAACUCUGGGUGUUGCGCUUCUUGUAAGAUUGCGCUUUGUGCUUCAGUUUGUUACCUUUGUAGACUUAUUUAAUGAAACCAUUCAAAUAAACCAAACUUGCUUUUGUUGA